ACACUUGGACUACUCUUUUACAUCCCUACUUAAAACAUUUUUCAUUAUACACAGGGUUUCCAGUUUCCAACAGCUUUCAGCAUCCCCCACUAUAAAAAUGGUUCCAGUGCCCCUGCAGUAUGGGUGUGAGCAGUUGAAUUGUGGAGGGGGGCAUACAGUAUGGGGGUGACUGUAGAGCUAUGAAGGCAAGCAGUAUCCAUGGCAAUGGCAGAAGAAAUAAACUGACAAAAAUUGAUCUUUAGAAGACUGGAAAAAUCGUGGAGAUUUUGCUAUGGAUGCUGUAAAUGAAAACCAUUUUUAUCUAGACAAAGUGUGGGUUCAGUGUGAGAUUAGCAGUUGUUUGAAAUGGAGACUGCUAUCAAGUGAUGAUGCUGCACAAGUUGAUCACAGUGAGCCAUGGUAUUGCUAUAUGAAUACUGACCCAUGGUUUAAUAAUUGUUCUGUUUCUGAGGAAUAUUUUCCUGAAGAAUCUGAAUUUAAUAAAAAUGGAUUUAAGUAUGUCUACUCAGAACUUCCUGUAGGAAGUCUAGUUUUGGUGAAAAUGCAUAGUUGGCCAAGAUGGCCUGGCAUACUUUGUCCUGAUCCUCUUAACGGACAAUAUGUGACAUAUGAUUUGGAUGGAUAUGUUCAAAGCAAUCACAUAGAAUUCUUAGGUGAUCCCCAUUCCAGAGGUUGGGUUGCAGUAAAAUAUAUUAGCCAUUAUCCAAGCUCAAUUAAGCCAGAACAAUGCAAGAGAAAAAAGGAAUGGUAUAAAAGUGCAUUGGAAGAAGCAAACAAAUUACUUACCUUCUCUGCUCAGCAAAGACUUGAAAUGUGCCAUCUGUCAGAAAAUGGGACAGGGUUUUUAGAAGACAAAACAGAAGCCUGUAAUAAUAUGGUGGUAUCCAAGAGAAGAAUAAAAGCUCAGAAAAAUCAAGUUUUCAGGAAAAAUAGAAAUGGAAUUGGACAAAAUAGAAAGAAAAGUAUGCUAAGAUGCUCUCUUGAAACAAUGGUUUCAGAUGACUUCCUGUCAAAGGAAAAUCUAAUUGUCUCUGAGACAGAAGUUAUAUUAAAAGAUCUAGAACAAAUUCUCAGGUGUGUUGCAGACCCUUUUAAAACAGCUGGCGGGUCAUAUGGAAAUGCAGAGGGAAAAGAUAUAGGAGAAAAGGUAACUAAAUGCAGCACAGAGAGUACUGAAGGAAGCCCAAUGGAAAACUACACCAAAGAGGACUGUAUUAUUAUUGAUGGGAUAGCUUUCAGGGCUGGAGAGUGUAUUGAGAACAUAACUGACAAGUUUAAAGAAAUAGAUUCUUUAAUGGCUGAACUCAAAGAUAGCUUGUAGAACUUAAAAAAUAGAACCUUUCCCGUUUAGUCAUAGAUUCAUGUGUGAAUAAUUUACAUAGUUAUAAAGGUAAUUAUUUUAAUUGAAUGCUAAAAGUUACCUGAUAACAUUGCUAAACAAGUUAAAAUAUAUUUCCAAGUUGCUAGGAGAGAUUUUAAGUAAAUACCCAUUUAUAAUUUUGUUGCUAUUUACAUGGAAUAUUUUGUUAUGUUAAAUAGCUGAAAACUAGAUUUAAAAAUAA